AAGUGUUUGGGUGUGAGAGAGCGAGAAAGACAGACUUGGAGAGUUUGUCAUCAACAUAAUGCACAGCACACUAUAAGGAAGGGAGGGGGACAGACGGAAAUAAUGGGGGCUGCAGUAUAGGCUACUGCAGUGCAGGUUUGUGGGGUGUUGUUUCUGUGGCUGAAGAGAGAUUUACAUUAGGAUUCUGAGAGACACCUGGCAACCCGUGGCUGAGCUGGGGAGUGACGAUGUCUGUACAGGCCAGAUGACAACACAGCAUAUACCAAUGAGAGAGCCCGGAACAGGAAGCUGAGAUGGAGUUCUCAGGGUGCCCUGCUGCUGCCGGCGUUGCCGUGGGCGACGAGGCCCAGGAGGCGGAGAAGGAGGGCCACGCCCACGUUCUAUUUGAUGAGUUUGUCCAGGCGUCCACCUGCAGAGCGACACUCCGUGCCUUCAACCUGCUGUGUGAGCACCUUCAGCUCACACACACACACACACAGCCACAGACAUACUCCCCGACGCAGCCGCAGCGGCCUUUCUACCACACCCUCAAAGAACGCCUCAGCUACUGGAAGGCCAACGCACUGUGGGCCAAACUGGACAAACGGGCGGCCCACCACGAGUAUGGGAAGGGCCGUGUCUGUGCCAACACCACGUGUGUGAUCAUCGGGGCGGGGCCGUGUGGUCUGCGUACAGCAGUAGAGCUGGGGUUCCUGGGGGCCAGAGUGGUGCUGCUGGAGAAGAGAGAUGCCUUCUCCAGGAACAACGUCCUCCACCUCUGGCCUUUCACCAUCCACGACCUCAGGGGCCUCGGGGCCAAGAAGUUCUACGGCAAGUUCUGUGCUGGAGCCAUCGACCACAUCAGUAUACGGCAGCUACAGUUAGUGUUAUUAAAGGUAGCUCUGUUGUUGGGGGUGGAAGUCCAUGUCAACGUAGAGUUCAAGGGACUGGUGGAGCCACCUGCGGACCAGGAGCAACAGAAGGUAGGUUGGAGGGUGGAGGUGAAACCUAAGUCUCACCCUAUUAACCAACUGCAGUGUGACGUGGUGAUCGGAGCUGAUGGACGACGGAACACACUGCCAGGCUUCAGGCGUAAGGAGUUCCGGGGCAAGCUGGCCAUUGCCAUCACAGCUAACUUCAUGAACCGUAACACCACGGCUGAGGCCAAGGUGGAGGAGAUCAGCGGAGUGGCCUUCAUCUUCAACCAGAGGUUCUUUCAGGAGCUACGGGACGCCACGGGAGUGGACCUGGAGAAUAUAGUGUACUACAAAGACGACACGCACUACUUUGUGAUGACGGCUAAGAAGCAGAGUCUGCUGGAGAAAGGAGUCAUUCUGCGGGACUAUGCAGACACAGAAACGCUUCUCUCACGGAGAAACGUGGACCAGAAUGCACUGCUGGCCUACGCCCGCGAGGCGGCGGACUUCUCCACCAAUCACCAGCUGCCGUCUCUGGACUUUGCCAUGAACCACUACGGGCAGCCUGAUGUUGCGUUGUUUGACUUCACCUGUAUGUACGCGUCAGAGAACGCUGCACUGGUCAGACAGAGACAUGGACACCAUCUACUGGUCACACUGGUGGGAGACAGCCUUCUGGAGCCGUUCUGGCCCAUGGGGACAGGUAUAGCACGGGGGUUCCUGGCAGCAUUGGACUCUGCCUGGAUGGUACGGAGCUGGGCUCAAGGCCUUGCCCCCCUGGACUUACUUACUGAAAGAGAGAGUCUGUAUCGUCUCCUUCCUCAGACCACUCCAGAAAAUGUCAACAAGAACUUUGGUCAAUACACUGUAGACCCAGCUACCCGCUACCCUAACAUCAACACCCAACUCAUCACUCCCGCACAGGUGGGCCAUCUAAUAUACACAGUAGCGAGUGGAGGUUCGGAUGCGGACCAGGAACCGCGACCCCGAUCCCCCUUGCCGAAGCUACUACGACAGGAGUCCUUCUCUCGCUUCAGUAAGCUUUUGUCGUGGUGCCAGCAACAGACACAGGGUUACCGUGGUGUUGCGGUUAGCGACCUCACUACUUCCUGGAAGAGUGGCCUAGCUUUGUGUGCCCUCAUCCACCACUACCGACCUGAUCUCAUUGACUUUGACUCUCUGGAGGAGGAUGAGGGGGAGGAGAAUAUGAGGUUGGGGUUGGAGGUGGCGGAGAAGGAGUUUGGAAUCUCUCCUGUGAUGACUGUAGAGGAGAUGUCAUCUGUCAGUGAAACGGACACUCUCUGUAUGGUCAUGUACCUCAGCCAGUUUCACCAGCUCUUCAAGGACGCACUACCCCCAAGUGAAUCCCAGACUGAGAGCCUAGAUGGGAGGGCUGCUGUGAUCGGUCCUGCCUCACUCCUUAGCCGCCUGGGCCACAGCCCAUCCCGCAAGCGCAACCCCAAGGAGCAGAAGGAGAAGGAUGUGGUGGGGAAGAGGAGGAAGACCAGUCGGCCAUGUCUGGAGGACGUGAGACAAGAUCCCAGAUUAGUGGACAGUUAUGAGGAAGAGGCUGCCCUGUGCUCUGUGGGUGGAGCAAGCCAGAGCAGAGUGCGCUCGAUGGCCAAUCAGCUGCUGGCCAAGUUUGAGGAGAACGCCCCUUGCCCCUCCUCCACGCCAGCUGCAGCUCUACGCAGACAGGGGGACUCCAUGCCCACGCUUCCACAUCCUCCAGCAUCCCCUGAUCCCCAGGCCCAGCCAGCCCCUAUGGCCUCCGCUACCACCUGGAAACAGAAGAAGCGCACGCAGCAGCAGGAGCAGAUGAGUUUCAAGUACAAGGAAAAGGUCAAAUGUCACACCCUGCCCAGCAGGGGGGAGCAGAAAUACGUUCAGAUGUACACAGGGGGAGUUAGCUCAUUGGCUGAACAGAUAUCCAAUCAGGUUCAAAGUCAGGAGUCAUCAUCACCCCAGCACACUCCUAAUAGGAAGGAAUCGGCUGGCGUUCGCUCUGUGUUGGCGGGGGCGGGGCCAGGGCCAGGAGGAGCCAGUGACGUGUGUUUCUUCUGCAGUAAGCGUGUGUACGUGAUGGAGAGACUCAGUGCUGAGGGACUGUUCUUCCACCGGAGCUGCUUCCAGUGUGACCACUGCAGCUCCACCCUCCGCCUGGCCUCCUACGCCUACGACCGGCCUAACGGGAAGUUCUACUGUAAGCCGCACUAUGACCUCCGUCUGGUUGGGCCGGUCCAGAGGAAGAGACCAGCCCCUCCUACCUCCGACCAGCCCCCAACCCCCUACGAACGGACCCCCUCUCAGCGGACCCUCCUGGAAUCCCCAGCUGCUCUGUCCACUAACCCUCGCUCCUCAGUAACUGUGGUGACAGCAGAUCGCAGGUCUUCAGUGGCAUCGCUGAUUGAGAGGGAGUGUGGCUUGGCUAAGCGCGUGCGCGGCACGCCAGAACGUAUAGAGCUGGAGAACUACCGUGUGAGCCUGGGGAGCCUGGAGACUGAGCAGCUAACAGAUGAGCCGGAGGAGGUGCCAGAAGAGACGCUGGCCAAUUACAACCUCAGUCUGCUGGUGACAGAGGAGAAGAAGGCCAAUCACAAGCGCAGCCCGUUGCAGGACAAGAGCAACGAGGGCUCCAGUUCGGAGUCAGAGAUGGAGGAGGAGGGGGAGAGGCAGCGGGCUCUAACCAAUGACCUGGCUAGAGACUCCUGGAGGAAGGCCAUGGAACUACACGCACGCCUCAGAGGAGAGAGAGAAGAGGAAGAAGAGACAGAAGAAGGAGAGGAGGAAGGAGAAGUUGAUGAAGAUGAUGAUGAUGAGGAGGAGGAGGAGUUAUCAAGUGAUGAAGGGGAGUACUGUCCGUGGGAGAGGGAGCGUCACUCAGGUCUGUGGCUCCUCCCUCUAGAAGAGGUGGAGGAGACAGAGGAAAGAUCAUCUCCCCUCACCGCUGAAGAGGUAGCCUCGUUGGACGAGUGGCAGCAGAGCACACACUCUCCAGACACACACUCUCCAGACACACACUCUCCAGACACACACUCUCUAGACACACACUCUCUAGACACACACUCUCCAGACACACACUCUCCAGACACACUCACGCCUGACACACACUCUCUAGACACACACUCUCUAGACACACACUCUCCAGACACACUCACGCCUGACACACACACGCCUGACAUACAACUGCCUGACUCGACAACACCCAACACACAUAGUCCACACAGCCCCACCAGCCUCAGGGCAUGCUGGGAUAGCCUGCCCCGCCCUUCUGUGGAGGCGGAAUCACCUCAAAGCCGCGCCCCUCGCCCCGCCCCUCGAUUUGCCCCCGCACCUAUCAUGGCGUCGGCUGUUGUGCGGGGGAUCGGGGGCAAGAAACUGAAACCGUGGGACGUGGGUGGGGGAAGGAGGUCUGUUGCGGGGGGAUCUGUUGGAGGGGGGUCUGUUGGGGCGGGGUCUCUUGGGGAGCAGCUGUGUAAGGAUGAAGUAAUAGACCCCUUAGAGGACAUCAGCCCCCCCUUGUCCCCUCUGAAGCCCCUUAAGGCAGUGCCCAGAGACGAGAGAGAGAUUGGGAGGAAGAGGGAGAUGGAGAGGAGGAGGGAGAUAGAGAGAGCAGCCAUGGGGGUGGGCUGGGAGGACACGAAGAUCCCCCUAGGAAAGGAGCCUUUCCCAGGGAAGAGCAGGGGUGGUCUGGACCCCCGCAGACUCACAGAGAGCCUGCCCCCCCUCCUCCUCACACAACUCCAGGGGGGCGCCCUCUUCCCUCCACGUAAGGGCCGCAGGGACAACCAGCCCCCCAGCCAGAGUGUGCCUGAAGCGGGCAUAGGAGAGGGUGGACCCCUGGGCCUGUGGAGAGCUGUCAUCUCUGGCUAUAAGAGUGACAGGAAGAAGAAGGGCAGGACUUCCCUUCCCAAUACGACAACAGCUCCAGCCCCCAAAGAGCAGGGCAGGAGGAAAACUUCUGCAGAGAGAAGAGGUGUGAAGUUCAGGGAGCGCCAGAGCUGGUCGGAGCCGGAGGAGUCAGACAUCACCUGUUCUGUUGUGAUGGAGAGAUGCUCCAUGAACCCCAAGGCCAACCUUCGUCUGGAGCUGUUUGACCUAGCGUCAGACCUUCAGAAGGAAACCAUUGAGGAGGAAGAGGAGGAGGAGAAGGAGGAAGGGGAGAGGCACGUGGGGAAGGAGAAGGAGUGGGACAGGUCCUGCCAUAUGGAUACACAGCGGAAAUCAUCGUGCCCUACGGAGGUGGUGGGGGUACUGGUGCACAUGAAGGACCUGAAGGACCCGUCCAGCCUGGAUGUGUCAGAGGCCAUGUUCCACAGAGACAGAGACCCAGAGGAGGAGCAGCUAGAUGCCAGGUUAACACGCAGAGUACAGAGAGCAGCACGCAAACUGGCCAAACAGGAGCAACUCAAGAGACUGCACAGAGCCCAGAUGAUCCAAAGGCAGUUGGAGCAGGUGGAGGAGAAGCAGAGGCAGCUGGAGGAGAGGGGUGUGGCUGUGGAGAAGGCCUUGAGAGGGGAAGCAGACUACUGGGGAGAGUCGAAUGACAAUGAAGAGCUGGACUUACACCUGGGAGUCAUGGGCAUGCAGGAUGACCCAGCUCUGAUGCAGCAGUGGUUCAAGCUGGUCCAGCAGAAGAACUGUCUGAUGCGCUAUGAGUCAGAACUCAUGAUAUUUGCUCGGGAGCUGGAGUUGGAGGACAGACAGAGCCGUCUUCAACAGGAGCUCAGAGAGAGGAUGGCCGUAGAUGACCACCUGAAGGGUGAGGCAGAGCUGGCUGAGGAGAAGCUAAUCCUGGGGGAGAUGUUGGAGGUGGUGGAGCAGAGAGAUGCUCUGGUGUCUCUGCUGGAGGAGCAGCGGCUGCAGGAGAGCCAGGAGGACAGAGACCUGGAGGCCAUCAUGCUGUCCCGGGGCCUGGGCCUGCACAACUGGGCCUGAGCUCUAUCCCGGGGCCUGGGCCUGCACAACUGGGCCUGAGCUCUAUCCCGGGGCCUGGGCCUGCACAGCUGGGCCUGCACAGCUGGGCCUGAGCUCUAUCCCAGGGCCUGGGCCUGCACAACUGGGCCUAAGCACAGACACACACGUCACUUCCCCUCUAAAGCUACGAUCAGGGUCAUGGUUGUGAGGUCACUUCCCCUCUGAUACAACGUCAUGACCAGGAUCAAGGCGGGACUGUGUCUGGAUGAUCCAUUUUUAGGAUUGGAGAUGUUUCCCCAAUCCCCACUGCUACACCCAUCUUGCUACAUCCCUGACUCACUGACUGAUGGGCCUCUAAGACUGAUGGCUCUAUGCUCUCUAUACUCACCCAGGCUGUUGUUAUGGCAAUAUGUGGCAUGUUUGAAUUAUUUGUAUUGUUAUUUAUUAACAUUUUUGAAAAAUGUAUAUUAUGUAAAACGAAACAAUACUACUUUUUUAAAACCUUUUAAUAUUACAUUAAUUAUAUUUUACUUCAUACAUUGGAUAAUAAAGACAUUCUGACAUCA